CAUAUCUCAUCCAUUCUUUCAUUCACUUCUUCUUAAUUCCCAAGCUGGAAAAUAGUAUUGAAAAUGGGUUCUGAAACAUUUCUUGAAGUCAUCCUUGCUAUCAUACUUCCUCCUGUUGGUGUCUUCCUCCGUUGUGGCUGUGGUGUCGAGUUCUGGAUUUGUGUAUUGCUGACAAUCCUGGGAUACAUACCCGGCAUUAUUUAUGCACUCUAUGUGUUAGUUGGAUAGUAAAACACUUUUACACUGUAAAUGCCUCUUUUUAUCUUUGUGUAUCUUUAUGUAUCAUUUUCCAAUAAAUACUCUUAAUUUCUUUUUC